CUUGACUAUAUUAUCCUCUAUCGUAUGAAGUGUAGUAUUUUCUAGAUCCCUCUAUAUUAACCAGAAGCAGCUGUUGGGGUUGAUGUUUACUAGCCUUGAAAGCGUUCCGGCGCAUCGGACGGGCAGCUCACGUGACCGACGCCUGGAUUUUCCGGACCGAAACUCGACUUUCUUUUUCAGUUCAAGACUUUCGGAUAGCUCUCUGGUUCGGUUUGAUUGAGCAGCGCCUGAUUCUCUCCAUCUCCUCAACGCUCGUCUGUCUCCUCUCCGGUCACAUCCCUUCACAGCCAUCAUGUCAAUUUCUUCGCAGGUCGCCGCCCGCUGCUGCAGGCAGAUCGUCCGCCCAUCCGCCGCUUCUUUGCGCCUCUCUUCCUCGACAUAUCUGUCUCAGCGGACACGGAGAUGGCAGUCCACCGAGGCGGAGGCUGCUGCCCCUGUCAACCCUAAGAUUAGCCAGAUUGUUGACCAGAUCAGCACAUUGACACUUCUGGAGACCGCCGACCUCGUGGCCACCCUCAAGUCCCGCCUCAACAUCCCCGACCUCCCCGUUGGCGGUUUCGCCAUGGCCGGCGGUGCUGCUCCCGCCGCUGCUCCCGCUGAGGAGGAAGAGGCUGCUCCUGCUGCCCAGGAGAAGACCCUCUUCAACCUGAAACUCGAGACCGUUGACGCCGCCUCCAAGGCUAAGGUCAUCAAGGAGAUCAAGUCUCUCCUCGGCCUGUCCCUGGUUGACAGCAAGAAGUUCGUCGAAUCCGUGCCCAAGGUCCUGAAGGAGUCCGUGCCCAAGGAGGACGCCGAGAAGAUCAUCGAGACGCUCAAGGCCGUCGGUGCUAAGGCCGUCAUGGAGUAAACGGGGAAUAAUAAUUUCGAUGAAUUGAUUUAUACCUGGUGAUUGCCUCUUUUCCUGGCUCUGCGAAUCGGGGGCGACGGGGGAUCAGGACGGCCGGGACGUUGUGAUUGGACUGCAUCAUCGAGCUGGAGUUUUGUCUCUCACCACUUAUUACUGUGUUUUUAGUGUUUUCUUUUCUCCGUCGUAUAUCUCUUGAAAUGUUUCUGAUAUAACCGGAAAGCGGGAAAAAGGCGGCAAAUGUACAUUAUCAUCUCUUGAUUUGGACAAUUUGGAUCCCUGAUGGACGAACGAUCUGUGUCUGUUCAACUCUUUCUUGCUGUCUAUUGAGCUUUUCCACGACGGAUGGACGAUAGAUAUGCUGUUUUACUAUUAUGAAGUUAAUCAUGGGUUAUUCGUUUAUAGAAGAUGCGUAGCGGUCCAAUUGCAGGGAAACAAU